CAAGAAGCGUGUGCAAUGGCGCCCUGGUGGGGUCAGGAAGCGCGGGUACCCGGCGGCGGCGGGGGCGGGACGCCCGUGGUGGUGAAGAUGCAGACCCCGGACUGGGCCAUCUCGGAGGUGCCGCCGUCGCCGGGCUCCCCGGCCGCGGGGGGCAAGGACGGGCGGGGCAAGAACGCGCGCCAGAUCACCUGGGUGCUGCUCCUCAAGGCGCACCGCGCGGCGGGCAAGCUCACGGGCGCCGCCUCCGCGGCCCUCUCCGUUGCCGCCGCCGCGCGGCGGCGGGUGGCGGCGGGGCGGACCGACUCCGACGCCGACGCCCCGCCGGCGCCCGGGGACGAGAGCCCCGAGAUGCGCACCAGGUUCUACGGCUUCCUCCGCGGCUUCCUCCUCCUCUCGGUCCUCCUACUCGCCGCCGACGUCGCCGCGCACGCGCGGGGGUGGCACCUCGUCGUCGGCCUGGACGACGUCGGCGGCCUCUUCGCCGCGGGAUACGGGGCCUGGAUGCGCGCCCGCGCCGCCUACCUCGGCCCGGCGCUGCAGUUCCUCACCAACGCCUGCGUCGUGCUCUUCAUGAUCCAGAGCGCCGACCGCCUCGUCCUCUGCCUCGGGUGCUUCUGGAUCAAGCUCCGGGGGAUCAAGCCCGUGCCCCUCUCAUCCGCCGCCGCCGCCGGCAAGGAUGCGGACGACGUCGAGACUGGCAUGGAGGAGUUCCCCAUGGUGCUCGUGCAGAUUCCAAUGUGCAACGAGAAAGAGGUGUAUCAGCAAUCCAUAGGAGCUGUCUGCAACCUGGACUGGCCAAGAUCCAACUUCUUGGUGCAGGUGCUGGAUGAUUCUGAUGAUGUCGUGACUUCAGCUCUUAUCAAGGAGGAGGUCGAGAAGUGGCAGCGGGAGGGUGUCCAGAUAUUGUACAGACACCGGGUGAUCCGUGACGGCUACAAGGCUGGAAACCUCAAGUCGGCCAUGAACUGCAGCUACGUGAAGGAUUACGAGUUUGUUGUCAUCUUUGAUGCUGAUUUCCAACCACAAGAAGACUUCCUAAAGCUAACUGUGCCCCAUUUCAAGGGCAAAGAGGAUGUUGGACUAGUUCAGGCAAGGUGGUCUUUUGUAAACAAGGACGAGAACUUAUUAACUAGGCUGCAAUAUAUAAAUCUGUGCUUCCACUUUGAGGUGGAGCAGCAGGUUAAUGGGGCAUUCCUCAAUUUCUUUGGGUUCAACGGAACCGCUGGAGUGUGGAGAAUCAAGGCACUCGAAGACUCUGGAGGAUGGAUGGAGAGAACAACAGUUGAAGACAUGGAUAUUGCUGUCCGAGCACAUCUCAAGGGGUGGAAGUUUCUGUAUCUUAACGAUGUUGAGUGCCAGUGUGAAUUGCCGGAGUCAUAUGAAGCAUACAGAAAGCAACAACAUCGAUGGCAUUCUGGUCCGAUGCAGUUAUUCAGACUCUGCUUUAUGGACAUCAUUAAAUCAAAGAUUGGUUUUUGGAAGAAGUUCAACCUCAUAUUCCUCUUCUUUCUCCUCCGCAAACUUAUUUUGCCCUUCUAUUCCUUCACACUUUUCUGUGUUAUCCUUCCCAUGACAAUGUUUGCUCCUGAAGCUGAGCUACCUGCUUGGGUAGUAUGCUACAUUCCAGCAAUCAUGUCCUUACUUAACAUACUCCCAGCCCCAAAGUCCUUCCCAUUCAUUGUACCCUACCUUUUGUUCGAGAACACCAUGUCAGUGACCAAAUUCAACGCCAUGAUCUCUGGCUUGUUCCAGCUCGGGAGUGCCUAUGAGUGGGUUGUCACCAAGAAAUCAGGCCGUUCUUCUGAGGGCGAUCUCGUCGCCCUUGUCGAGAAUGAGAAGCAAUCUAAGCACCAGAGAGUAGGGUCUGCGCCCAAUCUUGACUCCCUAGCAAAGGAGGAGUCCCGCCCUAAAGUGGAUCCCCAAAAGAAGAAACACAAUAGGUUAUACAGAAAAGAACUAGCACUCUCCUUCCUUCUCUUGACAGCAGCUGCUCGCAGCUUGCUGUCGGUUCAAGGCAUACAUUUCUACUUCCUUCUGUUCCAAGGAGUCUCGUUCUUGCUGGUCGGACUCGAUCUUAUUGGCGAGCAAGUUGAGUGAUAGGAUACAAGGAGUAUAAUGGGAUUUUUCUUUUUUCAUUUGAAGCGCGUCGAACAUGCCAAACUAUACACGAUUUGAAGCAUACCGUACGCGAGAAGCUCCGGCUGAUGGUCCUCGCUUGUGAGUGGGUUACAGACUUACAGUCGGAUCAGAGACACUGAAAUGUGGGUUGGGGUUGUAGAUAUAUUGGCUUGGGACUUGGCCUGUGAGAUAUAGUCCUUGAUGUCUCAUUCUUUUGUAAGAAUCUUUCAGUGGUUAACUAGAUUGGGUUAUUUUCUUCUUGACAGUUUACCUUCAAAUGGAGUGAUACUACUGUCGCGUCUGUAAUGUACUUUGGCCCGGUACUACGAAUGCAUAGUGAUACUUGUUCUGCACCA